CCAGCACCGCCGCUGGGGUGAGGCCUGGCUGAGACCGGACCGGAGACGGGCCCAGGGAACCGGGAAUGUCAGCUGCCGAGGCCUUCGUCACCCUCGUCACCUCAGACUCCUACGUCCAGGGAGCCGUCGUGGUGGCGCGGAGUCUCCGGAGACACGGGACCACCCGCCGCAUCGUUGUCAUGGUUACGCCCAACAUCUCAGAGCAGUCCAGACUGGCCCUGCGGAGCGUGUUUGACGCCGUGGUGGCGGUGGACGUGAUGGACAGCGAGGACCAGGUCCGUCUGUCCCUGCUGGGACGUCCCGAGCUCGGAUCCACCUUCACAAAGAUCCACUGCUGGACGCUGGUCCAGUUCAGCAAGUGUGUGUUCCUGGACGCCGACACACUCGUCCUGUGCAACGUGGACGACCUGUUUGAGCGGGACGAGCUGUCGGCGGCUCCGGACCCCGGCUGGCCCGACUGCUUCAACUCGGGCGUGUUCGUCUUCCGGCCGUCCCUGCAGACGCACGCCGGGCUCCUGGAGCACGCCCUGCACCGUGGCAGCUUCGACGGAGGAGACCAGGGUCUGCUGAACUCCUUCUUCGGCUGGCCGGCCGGAGACAUCCGCAAACGUCUGCCGUUCGUCUACAACCUGAGCGCCAGCUCCGUCUACAGCUACCUCCCUGCCUUCCACCAGUUUGGUCACGACGCUAAGAUCGUCCACUUCAGCGGGGCGGUGAAGCCCUGGAGCUGCUGCAGGGAGAACCCGUCACCAGAGACGGGAAAGUUCGUGUCCCUGUGGUGGAAGGAACACCUGAGUCACGAGACAAAACCUGCUCCAGAGUCCCGGCCCAAACACACCCGGAAGAAACCACAGAUCCAGGAACGAGAGGACGAGACGCCGUUCAGACAAAACCUGGACCACUCCACCUCGUUGCUCGCUCAUUUUCCUGCACCGUCGGAGACGCCGCCGCGGGCGCCGGCCGACACGACCACGUUUUCCCACACAGAGACAGAGGACGAGUCGGGAUCACGGGGGAGCGUAGAGGUCCAGGACCCGCCUCCAGGACCAGAGGAACCGGACCCCGGUCCUCCACCCGGACCUCAUCCCUCCCCUGCAGACGGCGAGACGCAGCGGGAGCGUCGGCAGAUGUGGGAGUCCGGCCGGGCCGACUACCGGGGCAGAGACGCUUUCAGCAACAUCCAGAAGAUGCUGGACCGAUUCCUGGACUGGAAGAUCCGCGCGUGACGGAGGCCCCGCCCCCUUUGACGGACAGGCCCCGCCCCCUUUGACCUGUUUGAUGUGUG